GGAUGGGCUCCGUCUUUGCCUGUGAUACAUAGUUGUUCUAUUGCAAUCUCUGUCUCAGCGUCCCCACUGCUCGCACAAGCCGGCUCAUCACCGCUGCUAAAUGCGAUAGCGUACUUGCCCGGAUAUAUCUCGUUACCAUCCUGUCUCCCGUCACUAUAUAUACCCAGCUCCAUGACCACUUGCUCACCCGUCCACUCACCUUCGUAGCUAUAAUCAUAAUCACUUCUUCUCUCUGAAGAAGGUAUACUAAUAGAGCCAUGCUCAUCUCUCCUCUCGCCUUGCUUGCGCUUGGUGCUGGCGUCCCUGCCGCCCUCGCUGCCCCCACUACCUCCGACUCUUACGUGGCCAACGGUACCUCGACCUCCUCCGCAGCAGCCUCUUCUGAGACCGCCUCUUCGGAGUCUGGAGCUUCCAACUCCUCCAUCCCCUCUUCAUCCUCCUCCACAAACAUCUCCUCCUACCACACCUCCAACAUCACCUACAUCUCGCCCCAGAUCCCCGCUCCUCUCAACACCACCCACGCCAACCCUUCUUCCAACUGGAACGCAGCCCACGAAAAGGCGCGUGCCUAUCUGUCCAACUGGACGAUAGCUGAGAAGGUCUCGCUUUCCACUGGUGUGGGAUGGACGCAAGGGAGGUGUGUGGGUAAUAUUGCAGCGGUGGAGAGCCAAGGCUUCGGGGGUCUUUGUCUUCAAGACUCGCCUUUGGGUGUGAGGUUGACAGACUAUGUGUCUGCUUUCCCUGCUGGUAUCAACGCUGCCGCUACAUUCGACAAGGACCUCAUCUACGCUCGAGGCUACGCUUUGGGCGAGGAAUUCAAAGGCAAGGGUGCGCAUGUCGCUCUCGGUCCCAUGACCAACAUGGGUCGUGUCGCUGCUGGCGGCCGAAACUGGGAAGGCUUUGGUGGCGACCCUUACCUCUCUGGCUGGGCUACCGAUGCUACUGUCCGAGGUAUGCAGGAUGCCGGUGUUCAAGCUUGUGUCAAACACUUUGUCGGUAACGAGCAAGAGCGCAACAGGACUACUUCCUCUUCCAACAUCGACGACCGUACCCUCCGCGAGAUCUAUACCCACCCCUUCCUUCGUGCUGUCCAAGCCGACGUCGCCUCUGUCAUGUGCUCAUACAACCUCAUCAACGGCUCUUGGGCAUGCGAGAACCCCAAGACUCUCAACGGUGUCCUCAAGACCGACUUUGGCUUCCAGGGCUACGUCACGUCCGACUGGCAAGCUCAGCACUCUGGUGUCUUGUCGGCGGAGACCGGCCUGGAUAUGAGCAUGCCUGGAGAUGAGUACGCCGGAAGCUUAACCAGUUUCUGGGGAAGGAACCUUACGGAAGCUGUCAACAAUGGCACCGUGAGUGAAGCUAGGAUCGACGAUAUGUCUCAGAGGAUUAUGGCGGCGUACUUUUUGCUGGGUCAGGAUAAAGACUAUCCCGAGGUCAACUUUGAUUCGUUCAGGCUGUUUGGGUCGAACAUGUCCCAUGUUGAUGUCCGAGGUGAUCACCACAAGUUGAUCCGCCACAUCGGUGCCUCUUCCACCAUCCUGCUCAAGAAUGACAACAACGCUCUCCCCUUGUCUACUCCCCGCUCUGUCGCCCUCAUCGGCUCCGACCUCGCCCCUCCCACUGAUGGCGCGAACGGCUUCACCGACCGAGGCGGUAUCGGCGGUCACACAGCCAUGGGCUGGGGUUCCGGCUCCGCCGAGUUCCCAUAUCUCGUUGACCCUCUCUCUGCCAUCUCUCAACGCGCGCGUGAGGGCGGUGCCAUCAUCAACUCGUACCUCGACGACUGGAACACCCAGAACGCGUCUUACUGGGCGAGCGGCGCGGAAGUUGCCAUUGUCGGCGUGCAUGCGCUCUCUGGAGAAGAGUAUAUUACGGUAGACGGUAACGACGGAGACCGAAACAACUUGACGCUCUGGACCAACGGGGACAAUCUCGUCCAGGCUGUGGCUUCUACCAACAACAACACUAUCGUCGUCGUCCACUCCCCUGGGCCUAUUAUCGUCGAGUCGUGGAUCGACCACCCCAACGUCACCGCCGUCCUCUGGGCCGGUCUUCCGGGUCAAGAGUCUGGUAACGCGCUCGCCGACGUGCUCUUUGGUGACUACAACCCCUCUGGCCGAUUGCCUUACACCAUCGCCAAAGACAGGUCCGACUACUCUGCCGACAUUGUGUACACCAACUCUGAAUACCCUGUUCAACCUCAAGUCGACUACACUGAGGGUCUCAACAUCGAUUACCGACACUUCUUGGCCGAGGGUAUUGAGCCGAGGUUUGCGUUUGGGUAUGGGCUGUCGUACACCAGCUUUGAGCUUUCGAACUUGAGUGUGGGCGCUAUCGAGGGAGCGGGAGAGUUGGAGAAGAGGGAUGAUUUGGUGAACCAUCCUCAGGUGGAUGAGACCCCUGCGGAGGAGACUGUGGAGAUUGGCAAAUUUGUCAUUGAAUCUCUCCACAAGCCUCGAUGGUCUGUAUCUAUCGACGUUACAAACACUGGUAGCCUGAACGGCUGCGAGGUCCCUCAACUCUACCUCGUCUACCCCGAAAGCGCUGGUGAGCCUCCCAAGGUUCUGCGUGAUUUUGCCAGAAUCAACCUCGACCCCGGAGCCACCCAAACCGUCUCUUGGAACCUCUCCCAAUACGACGUCUCCAUCUGGGAUGUUGAGAGCCAAGACUGGGUUGUGCCUGAGGGAGAAUUUGGAGUGGAGGUGGGCAAGUAUGUGGCGGAUGAGGAUGCGCAGACAGGGUCUUUCACUCCCAAGCAGUAG